UCGGGCUCGGAAACGGAGCGCGUGCAGCACCGAGCCGCGGACACACGGACCGGGACCAUGAGCUGCAACUGGGGCACGGAGCUGUGGGAUCAGUUCGACAACCUGGAGAAACACACUGGCUGGGGAAUCGACUUCCUGGAGCGAUACACCAAGUUUGUUAAGGAGAGAGCUGACAUCGAACUCAGCUAUGCCAAACAGAUCAGGAACCUGUCUAAGAAGUAUCAGCCUAAGAAAAGCAGAGAGGAGGAGAGCAGGUACACGUGGUGUUUGGCGUUCGUGACGACGCUCAGAGAGCUGAGCGACUCGUCCAGCCAGCGGGAGGCGCUCGCCGAAAACCUGCACACACACAUCGUGACGGAGCUGAGCCGCUACAUCCAGGAGCUGAAGGCUGAGAGGAAAUCACAUUUCCAAGAUGGCCGCCGGGCUCAGCAGCACAUGGAGAACUCAUGGAAACAGCUGGAGUCGAGUAAGCGGCGGUUCGAGCGUGACUGUAAGGAGGCGGAGCGAGCGCAGCAUUACUGCGACAGGAUCGACACAGACAGCAAGACAGACGGAGAGAAGGCUCGGCAGGUGGCGCAGCAGAAGCAGCAGGCGGCUGAAGAGUCCAGGAAAGAUUAUCUGACCAGUUUGAACCAGUUCAACCAGGACCAGCAGCAGCACUACCACACACUGGUACCAGUGAUAUACCAGCGGAUCCAGGACAUGGAGGAGCGGCGGAUCGAGCGGGUCGGCGAGGCGAUGCGGACGCUGGCGGAGGUGGAGCGGAAAGUUCUUCCCCUCACCAGCCGAUGUUUGGAUGGAAUGACGGAGGCAGCAGAGAGCGUCCAGCCGCGGGUGGACACCCGGCAGGUGGUGGAGAUGUACAAGUCGGGCUUCGAGCCUCCAGGCGACGUGGAGUUUGAGGAUUACAGCGCCACCAUGAGGCGGAGCAUCUCAGAGUCCAGCUACCUGGACAGCCGAGCCGAGGGGCGGAGACACAGCAGGAAGCUGUGGCCCUUCAUACGCAAGAACAAGCUGAUGACUCUCCUGUCAUCCCCCCGUCAGCCCCCCCCUCCACCACCCACGUCUCCAACCCCAGGGGGUGUGGCCAAUAGCCCUCUGUCCCCGCCCCCUCCCACACGAGAGCCAAUCACACAGCGGCUCAACGAACUCAUGACAUCUGGAUCCAGAACCAGGAAGCAGUGUCUGCGCAGCCUGAAGAGAGGGCUGUCACUCAAACUGGGCUCCGCUCCAGAGGACUGCAGUCAUCUUCCUCCAGAACAGAGACGCAAAAAACUUCAAACCAGAAUCAGUAACAUCAACAGAGAGAUCCAGAGAGAGAGAGAGCAGAGAGACGCCCUGCUGAAGAUGAGGGAGGUGUACGAGCGCAGUCCUGAGAUGGGCGACGCCGGCAGCCUGGAACCUCGGAUGGACGAAGUGAAGCAGAGCCUGGAGCGCCUGGAGGAGGAGCUCCACAGGAACCAGGGCUGGCUGGUGGAGGCAGAAAGCAGAUUGGCAGAACACAGCAGAAGGAGGCAGAGUGGAGGUUGUGGGUUCAAUUCCCAGGUCACAACGCCAGGCAGCAGCAGCCUGAGUCACCUGGACAGCCUGAACCACCACCAGGGCCCCGCCAGCCGGGAGAGUCCUGAUGGCAGUUAUACAGAGGAUCACAGUGCUGAGCUUCACUUUAAGUCUCGGAGUUCGGAGUUUGAUGACGACUUUGAUGAUGAAGAACCUCUGCCGAGCAUCGGAACCUGCAAGUCGCUCUACCCGUUCCAAGGUCAGAAUGAAGGGACCAUUUCCAUGGUGGAAGGGGAACUACUUUCUGUGGUGGAAGAAGACAAAGGCGACGGCUGGACCAGAGUACGCAGGAACCACGAAGAGGAGGGAUAUGUCCCCACCUCCUACAUCAAAGUCUUUCUGGACAGCAACGCCAAAGGCUUUGUGCAGAGUAGUCGACUAGUCUAGUGCUUGACCCGUAAGGCCACUAGGCGGCGAUGUGGGCAGACGAUGACUUCUCACCACAGGAAGUGAUGCGUAAAGGAAGAGCACUGGGGAAGUCUGGUAACAAAACACUUUAAUAUGUUGGAGCCGCGGCCCCGCAGGACUGGAAGCUUCUUCUGAAAAACAGAGUGAACAGAGAUCAGAGAUCAAACAGAUCGAACACAGAUCAAAGAGAAGACAAAUAUAGAUCAGACCCAGAUCAAAGAGAUGCCAAAAAGAUCUGAACACCUCAAACAGAUCCUGCAGACAUCAGACAUCAAACAACAAACCUCACCAAUCAGAUCCAGCAGAUCAAAUGAAAUCAGUCAGAAAUGGAUCACACGGAUCAGACAGACAUCAGAACGAUUAAACAGAUCAAAGAUAGAGCUAGAGAUGGAGAUGAGGCAGCAUUACGUGACCAGUUACC